GGAGCCGCCCCAGGAAGAGGGAGGGAGGAAGCGGCUUGCCGGAGAGCCAGGGCGCAGUGGGCGGCAGGGCUGAGCGCCGGUGAUGGGGACCCCACAUCCCAGGCAGUGCCAGCACCCCUGGCGCCUGACAUGAGCCCUUGCGGGCCCCUCAACCUGAGCCUGGCGGGCGAGGCGACCACAUGCGCGGCGCCCUGGGUCCCCAACACGUCGGCCGUGCCGCCGUCGGGCGCUUCGCCCGCGCUGCCCAUCUUCUCCAUGACGCUGGGCGCCGUGUCCAACCUGCUGGCGCUGGCGCUGCUGGCGCAGGCCGCCGGCCGCCUGCGACGCCGCCGCUCAGCCGCCACCUUCCUGCUGUUUGUGGCCAGCCUGCUGGCCACCGACCUGGCGGGCCACGUGAUCCCGGGCGCGCUGGUGCUGCGUCUGUACACUGCGGGGCGCGCUCCGGCCGGCGGGGCCUGCCACUUCCUGGGCGGCUGCAUGGUCUUCUUCGGCCUGUGCCCGCUGCUGCUGGGCUGUGGCAUGGCCGUGGAGCGCUGCGUGGGCGUCACGCGGCCGCUGCUCCACGCCGCGCGGGUCUCGGUCGCCCGCGCGCGCCUGGCGCUGGCCGCGGUGGCCGCGGUGGCCUUGGCCGUGGCGCUGCUGCCGCUGGCGCGCGUGGGCCGCUAUGAGCUGCAGUACCCGGGCACGUGGUGCUUCAUCGGCCUGGGUCCCCCGGGCGGCUGGCGCCAGGCACUGCUUGCUGGCCUCUUCGCCAGCCUCGGCCUGGUCGCGCUCCUCGCCGCGCUGGUGUGCAACACGCUCAGCGGCCUGGCUCUGCUACGCGCCCGCUGGCGACGCCGCUCCCGACGGCCUCCCCCGGCCUCAGGCCCCGACAGCCGGCGUCGCUGGGGGGCGCGCGGACCCCGCUCGGCCUCCGCCUCGUCCGCCUCCGCCUCGUCCGCCUCGUCCAUCGCUUCGGCCUCCACCUUCUUUGGCGGCUCUCGGAGCAGCGGCUCGGCACGCAGAGCUCGCGCCCACGACGUGGAGAUGGUGGGCCAGCUUGUCGGUAUCAUGGUGGUGUCGUGCAUCUGCUGGAGCCCAAUGCUGGUGUUGGUGGCGCUGGCGGUCGGCGGCUGGAGCUCUACCUCCCUGCAGCGGCCACUGUUCCUGGCCGUGCGCCUUGCCUCCUGGAACCAGAUCCUGGACCCUUGGGUGUACAUCCUACUGCGCCAGGCCGUGCUGCGCCAACUGCUUCGCCUCCUGCCCCCGAGGGCCGGGGCCAAGGGCGGCCCCGCGGGGCUGGGCCUAACACCGAGCGCCUGGGAGGCCAGCUCGCUGCGCAGCUCCCGGCACAGCGGCCUCAGCCACUUCUAAGCACAACCAGAGGCCCAACGACUAAGCCAGCCCACCCUGGGCUGGGCCCAGGUGCGCGGCGCAGAGCCUUUGAGGAAUAAAAAGCCAUUCUGCGAGCCCAGGCA